CUCUUCUGCCUGUGCCAUGCAUGUAGAGUCGUUGGGUCACUACCGUGUUGUGCCACAGAAAGCGAAGUAAAGCGAAGCCGCUGGGUUGGUCGUCUGUUAUUUUCCACAGAGGUGUGGGCAGAGGAGCAGAUUUAAACGAGGCGUCACCACACAGUCACCGGACUUGCGGGAACACGGCGAGGUUUCAAGUGAUAAAUGCUACCGUGUGUCAUUAAGAAGAAACCGAGUUUGAGUGCUUUUCUGGGGAGAAACGGUCUAACCUGUUGUCACUGAGCGCCUGGAAAAGUUGGCCAUGUCUGGAUCUUUCUGUAAAAGUUUGUACGCCUUCAGCGGGGAGCAGCAUCAGCAGGGCUUGAAGUUCGAGGCUGGAGAAAUGAUCAAAAUAAUCCAGGCUUUGCCAGGUGGAUGGUGGGAAGGAGAGAAGGAUGGAGUGAGAGGAUGGUUUCCCUCGAGUUACGUUCAGGUCGUGGAGAAGUCUGUCUCCAUGAGUGUGUUGCCUGGUGAGGAGCCGAACCAGAGCCCCCUGCCCAAAGACUGGAAGAGUUACGUGUCACCACAGGGACGGAGAUACUAUGUCAACACUGUAAGCAAUGAGACUACAUGGGAGAGACCAUCCAGUGUCCCUGGGACCCCCAAAACAUCACUGCGACAUAAGAACUCUUUACCUGCGGUGAAUGGAUUUCAUGGCAGUGGUAGCCCGUUGCAUCAGACAGAGCAGUCCCAUGUGCUCCAGCGGAAGUCUAGCACAGAUCAACAGAGCCCCGUGUCCACUUCACCAAGGAAGCAGGAGCGCGAGACCUCAGUUACUAUCAAUUGCAUAACGUUUCCCCUCCCACUGCACAUGGCUGAGCAGCAGUUGCUUAAACCGGACGAGUGGAGCUACUGCGAUUUUUUUUGGGCAGACAGAAAGGACCCGCAGGGGAACACCUCCAUCACAGGCUUUGAGGUGUUACUGCAGAAGCAGCUGAAGGGGAAACAGAUGCAGAAGGAGAUGGCUGAGUUUAUGAGGGAAAGAAUCAAGAUUGAAGAGGAGUAUGCCAAAAACCUCUUGAAACUCUCACAGAUCCCACUAGCAUCUCAGGAGGAAGGCACACUGGGAGAGGCCUGGGCCCAGCUGAAGAAAAGCCUGGCUGAUGAGGCUGAAGUGCAUAUCAAGUUCUCCUCAAAGCUGCAAAGUGAGGUGGAAAAGCCAUUCCUUACAUUUCGAGAAAACUUCAAGAAGGAUAUGAAAAAAAUUGACCACCACAUUGCUGACCUCAGGAAGCAGUUGGCCAGCCGAUACGCUGCUGUAGAGAAGGCACGUAAAGCCCUUGCAGACCGGCAGAAGGACCUGGAGGUGAAGACACAGCAGCUGGAGAUCAAACUGAGCACUAAGAUCGAGGAGGACAUCAAGAAGGCCCGCAGGAAAUCCACACAGGCAGGGGAUGAUCUGAUGCGAUGUGUUGAUCUGUAUAACCAGUCUCAGUCGAAAUGGUUUGAGGAGAUGGUCACUACAAGCCUGGAGUUGGAAAGACUGGAGGUGGAGCGUGUGGAAAUGAUUAGAAAACAUCUCUGCCAGUACACGACGCUGAGGCAUGAGACAGACAUGUUUAAUCAAAGCACCAUGGAGCCAGUGGACAAACUGCUCCAGAUUGUGGACCCUGCGAAAGACAGAGAGCUGUGGGUAAAAGAACACAAGACAGGGGAGGUGAGGCCAGUGGACAUGGAAAUCUAAUGGAGCUCUAGUACAGAGGUUAUGCUGUUAUCUCAGUGAUGGAGCUGGCCCUGUGGGGCUAUGGACAGGUUGUCCAUUCAGGUGUGUCAGCUGAAUAUCAGUCCUGGAACUUGGAGGAACAUCACCCUGGAAUGUUAACACACUAUUCAAUUGGGAGCCAGUAAAAGGAACUGCUGUGUCUGAACAGAUGAAGCUCUACUGACCAAAGCCGAUUGCUAUAUAUGCUAUAAUGGAAAACCAGUGAAGCCAGUUCUUUGAGAGCUGACCCAAGAACCCAAGGAUAAAACUAUACAUGCACUGCAUUGCCAGUUUAUUAGGUAUGCACUAACAUGUUGGUGUCACUCCUAUGCUGAGAAUGGUUCAUCACCCAAAUAAAAGUAGUGGUGGUGCUAUGGGGGUCCCUUUUCAAUGAGGAAUGAGAUAGAGAGGGGCUUUAAAUUACAUGGUAGGUGUUUCUGAUAAAAUGGGCAAUGAGUGUAGGUACAAGAUUGGUGUACCUAAUAGUAGGGGUGUCAAAAUAUGUAUGUCUAUUUUUUUUUUAAUAUAUGGAGGUCCAAGAUGAUAGCUUUGACCUUUGACAGUUAAUUCGCCAUGCUAUUUGAAAUGACAGAGAGCAAACUAGAGUUGUAACAAGCAGAAUAAUCCAUCUCCUGCUUCUGAAUGGGCUAAAGAAAUAACUCGCUCCGCAAAGAUGGUUAUAGCUUUUUACACCACUACUCAGUCAUAGAGAGUCUGGACUCUAUUGUUUUCUAGGAGUGACUGAGCCACAAUAAAUAAUUAAUUUCAGCCAGAAAGUAAGAGUCACACUUUAUGUAGAAACAUAAAAUCUGAUUGGAAAUUAAUUCAAAUGAAGUGAUGCUCAGUUCACUUCAUUUUAAGAUGAAGAGUCAAACACAUGUGACACAGAUCUGGCACUUUUUGUGCUUUUGGGACAACAAUGACGAUUAUGAAAACAAACAAACAAAAAUAUUUUGGGAAUUACAAAAAAAUAUUAAACAAAGCGCAGAAAGUUAUGUUAACAUUUCUUUCCUAAUUCUGUAUUGAAAAUGUAUCAAAUCAUGAUGCAAAACCGUCAAUAGGUACUGUAAAAUUUGCAUGUUGUAACACUUCUACUUAAUAGGGAUGGAGAAACUUAAAGCUCAUGCUGUCUAAGCUAAAUGAGCACAUGAAACACGUUUGCUUUCUAUCAGUUGCAGUAUAAAAAUCCUUAUAUGCUCUUUAACCAGCCCGGACUGGUCUUGAAUAACUAUAAAUCCGAUAAAGUGGUACAGCAGAAGUGAGAGAUGACUUGCUGUUUAACAAAAUGAGAUAACAUGUCAGUAUAAUUGUAUCAACAGCACAAGUGCAUUAAUCUGGCACAUUAUAUACAACACAGAUCGACCCAAAAUGAAAAUAAUAAAUUGGCCAGUUGCUUGUUUGGAGAAAAAAAUCAGGCUUUUCCAGUCUUGUCCAAUUCCGACCAUGCCCCACUUGUAUCUAACAAACUGGCAACUCAGUGUAGAUCUUUGUUUCUUUGUUUCUUUAUCUCUAUCUCUCUCUCUCUCACCCCCCCCCCCCCACACACACACAAACAAACAAAGAAACCUGGAAUUGCAACAAUGCAAAGAAUAACUAAAUAUCUGUUCAAUUCUUACUCAGGAGAAGAAAUGUAAUUCCCAGAAGAACUGAGUAUUCUAGUUAAAGAAUAAAUAAACCUGAAGAGAAAGUUUGCACAGAUCAA